UAACAUCAUCAUCUGUUAAUGACAGAUGAUGAAGUUAAAACAACAAAACAUCCAAAAAUUUUAGCUGAAAUAAAGAAAUAUGGUUCUUUAAUCAUUUAAUAUCUGGUUUCUUUGCUAUAUAACUAUUGUAUUUCAAAAACUCUAUUCAGAAUUAAUAUUUUAUCUGAAAAUUCAAGAAAAUGACGAUAGAAGUAACUAUAAAAUUGACUAAAGGUCAUGUAUUCCUCACUGGAGAGAAUGUUGAAUGUAGUAUAAGUUUUUCACACCAACUGUCAGCAAAUCAUACAAUAUCUCAAAGCAAUAGUAAUACUGUAGAAAAUUUAGCUUGGGGGUCAGUACAAAUAUAUUGUCACUGUUUCACCAGCCCUAAGGUGAAUAAAGACCAUAAGAUACAAUCCAAUGAAGGACCUAUGUUUGCUGAUACUUCAUUAAUGAUCAAUCCAGAAUCAGGUUUAACUGUAUUUGCAACAAAACCCAAAAUCCUUUUUUGUGAUUUACAAUUAUAUCCAGGUCAAACAAAGACAUAUACAUACAGAGAAAAAAUACCUAAUGAUGCUCCACCGUCAUAUAGGGGACAAUUAGUCAAGUAUUGUUAUAAGAUAACUGUUGGUACUCAAAGAGUUAAUCAUCCUGUAAAGUUACUGAAAGUCCCUAUAAGAGUAUUACCUCUGAUAGAGGUUUCGAUGUCCGAUGCAGGUGAAAUAUACAAUGAGACAACAGAGGAAUUAACCCCAACUAAUCCAUUUUUAGAAGUUCGUCAAAAUGAAAAUCCUCUGAACCUAGCUCUGCAAACUCUUCAGAAUAUAACAGCAAGACGGAACCCAAACUUCUACAUGAUUUCAAAUAAACGUGGUAGAGUAGCACGUUUUUGUCUAUUCAAACCUGCUUAUAAGCUUGGGGAAGAUAUAGUAGGAUCCCUCGAUUUUACUUUAGCUACUGUAGAAUGUAUGCAAUUAUCUGUUGCACUGCAAUGUGAAGAAGAGGCUCUUGGAUUGCAAGAAACUAAACUUCAUACUUUCAGUAGACAUCAUGAAGUUUGCUAUGGAUUUCAACAUACACAACUUGUAUUACCAAUACCAUUACAUGUCACGCCUGCUUUCACCACCAAAUUAGUUAACCUAAAGUGGAAUCUACAUUUCGAAUUUGUCACCAUUGCAUCUAAAAAACAUGAAACUGUACAAUCAGCCAGCAAUUGGCAAGCUCCAUCUGAAGUAGCUAUUGAAACAAUGGUAUGGACUCUUCCUAUACGACUCUAUUCUACAACACCGUCGCAUGUAGCCCAAGGAAUUCAAUCCAAUGAUGUCCAUACUCUUUUAAUCAGAUGAUAUUCCCAAUAUGUAAUUAUAUCUAUUGUGUAUAACUUAUUUCUUAGGUCUAAAUAUUUGAUGAAUAUUUUGUAAAUAUAUUUUUUUACUUAUUGCAGUUAUAAUUUAUUGUUCAUAUUGAGAUUAGAGAAUAAAAAUUGUUAUUUGUC